UGUUUAUAUACCGACAUGGCGGAGAAGUUUGUAAACUGAAGAUAAACAUUGCAGAGUUGAGACAGUAAUAGAUCUCACCAUGCCGCCGUUAGACUGGGAUAAAUUAAUGGCAGCUAAGCCAACAGAGCUGUCAGAAGAAGAUGUUGAAGAAUUCUAUGAAUCCCUUGUCUCUUACAAUCCUGAAGAUGAAUCAGACACGGGAAAAUUACAGAAGUUGUUUGACGUUUCCAGGGUGAUCAUGAAAGCUAAGAAUGAGGCAUGUGAGGAGAUUAUGGAGGAAUAUGAAAAAGAGGUCAAGGCCAGCAAGAAGAAAGAGGAAGCCAUGGCAUCUAAAGAAAAGGAACUACAGAAGAAAAUUGCAGAACUGGAGAAAUAUGGAGGUGAGGGGAGUGCAGGAGGGGCGGGGGCUUCAAGGUUGGUUCGUGAUCAGAUGAGAGACCUGGAGAGGCAGAAUGAAGAAUUGACCACUGAACUCCGUGAUCUACAGAGUGAACUGACAAAAGAAAAACGUGCUGCCGAAACUUACAGUGAAAAGAUCAGUGAUUUGGAGAAAGACUUGAAAGAAUACCGUGAAGAGAAUGACAGAUUGAAGAGUGAGGUCAGCGACUUUAAGAUGCACAUGGAGGCUCAGCGUGAUAAACUGGUGUCUAAUAAAGGAGGAGAACUAGAUUAUAGAGAAAAACUGGCCCGCAAAAAUCAUGACCUGGCAGAAGCUAUGGAGGAAUUGCAGAAUUUGACGGAUGCCAAUGAGGAGUACCAGAGGCAGGUUGAGGACAUGAAGGCUCAGAUUGAGGAGGCUGUAGCGAUGGUGGAGAGGACCACUGAGGACUACAGCAAACUAAAGCAAGUUUUAGCCCAGAGUGAUGCAGUGACUGACAAACUGAGAGAGGAGAAUGAGGUCUUAAAAGCUCAGGUGAUUGAUCUAAAUGAACAAGUACAGUCUAAAACCGACGCAGAUGAUGCCAUCAUGGUGGCUGUUAACAAUAAAGUCGAGGAGUGGAAGGAAAUUCUACAAGAAAAAGAUGAGCAGAUGUUGGAGCUUCAGGAACAGGUGAUUCAGUACAGGGAACAGUUAAUCGCGGCCAACAUGGACGCCGACAAAGCCUCGGUGGCCGCACUGUCCAAAGUGGUCAAGGAGAAGGACAAACAGAUAGAGGACCUUACAGAGCAGAUCAAACAGUUUGUGGAUGAGAUGGAGAAGAAUACCGCCAUUAUUGAGGACCUGCAGGCAGAACUUAAAAGAUCUGGAUUAGGAUCUGGAGACAGUCAACAGAAGAAAAUCAGAAAUCUACAGAAGGAGGUGGAUUAUUACAGAGAAAAAAUAACGGAGCUAGAGAAGGAACUGAAAAUGGCUGAACGAGAUGCUCGGGAGAAAGACAGAGAGCUGACAUAUGCCCUCGAGAAGCAGAGAAAAUAUGAAAAUGGAGAAUAUGGGUUGGCUGAAGCUGUACAGGAAAUAAAAGACUGCAAAAAUCAAAUCAAAGUCAGGGACAGACAAAUUGAAGAGCUGACGAGUCACAUCAACAAAACCGAGAUGAAGAUAAAUGACAUCGAGGAGGAAAAUGAGGAGUUAAGAUUUAAACUUGGGAUGGACCCUCGGGAUCCCCUGGACCUCACUGAAUUCCGUAAAAACAAACAAAUCCGCAAGGAGGAGGAGAAAGCGCUGAACUUUAUCCUACAGAAGGAGGUGGAAAGGCUGGAGGAUGAGAGGGUAGAGCUAAAGAAAAAGAUCAGGAAGUUAGCUCAGCACACAGGUCAAAGGGCAGUUGCUUUAGGACUGACAGCAGAAGACAUGAUGAGUGUGUAUGAAUUCCAGGAAAAUCUGAAAGAACAGAAGAAAGCCAAGGAAAUGGAGACCUCAACAGCAGAGGUCAUCAAACGGGAGGUCGUUCACCAGCAGAUGGAUGCUCAGCAUCGUGGCCAUGAUGAAGAUUUUGUGAAGAAUUUGAGAGAGAUGGAUAAGUUGUACCAGGAAAAUUCCAAGCACAAAGCAGAAUUAGAACAACUUAAAGAUCAGAACAAGCAGUUAGAACAGGGACUGAAAGAAGUGAUAGAAAACCUGAAGAAAUAUGCACCAGAAGAGAAAGUCCCAGGAAAAGGAGGUGUGGUCCCAGAGGAAAUGAGAUUCCCAACUCUAGAAAAAAUGUUGGCUGCAAUUGAAGCAAAGAAUUUGAUAGGGAAUUAUGACACCUCAAUGUACCUGAAAGCUCAGGUAGACAAUCUCCAGGGUCGUAACGAGGAACUACGCCGUGAACUGAGAGAGACCAGACAUGAAGGCAACAAGGUCCGAGCAGAUCUUCAGAGAGCCAAAGAGAAGGUUGAGAAGUUGGAGGCUGAUUUGAAAGCAGCACAGGAGUCGGGGGGAGGAACUGGGGGGCUGUUCCAGUCUAUUCCUCUCCCCGAUGCUAUGGCAGUAUCCAGUUCUGAUGUCAUUUCUAAUCUUAAUGAGCACCUCAUCACAGUGUUACAGGAGAUGAGUCUGAAGGAAGACAUGAUGAAGAAAAUGGAGAAUUCUCUGGAGAACUACAAGAGGAAGUUUGCUGUCAUGAGGCACCAACAGGGUCUGCUGUACUCGGAUUAUCUCAAGGACAAAAAAGAAUGGGAAGAAGAAAUGGACAAAAUUCAAGAGCAGCUUAAGAAAGUAAAUGGAGAGAGAGAAGAAGAUUCAGUACAGAUCCAGGAAUAUAAUCGACUGAUAGAGACAUUGUCAAAAGACGACACAGAGGUCAGAAGGAGGCUGUCUGACAUGACCCGUAGAAUCACCGUCCUACGUGUCAACGAGAAGGCCCUGAUACGACGACACAACACCAUGGAGGAGACAGAGGGACAACUACGCAAGGAAAUUCACCGUUAUAAAAAUGAAAUGGCUUCUAUGGAAACAGCAGUUCAAGAAAGAAUGGGGUAUCUGCAGAGGUUCAAGGAUAUGGCCACAUUUAAAAUGGCUGCCCUUCAGAAAGCUAUAGAGGAUUCUGUGCCAGCAGCUGACCUAGAAUUAAUGAACAAACGCUAUCAUGACCUGACGGAGAAGUAUAGAGACACGUUAGAGAAAGGGAACACACUGGUAUCUAAAGCUGAAGCCCUUGUAGGAUUAGAGAAUGAGGUAAAGCGGCUGACAGAAGAUAACGAGGUUCUGAAGAAGACACUUGGUCUGGAGAAAGAAAAACUUCAUGCUUUGGAAGCAGCAGUAGAGGACCUACAUAAAAAAGGGGUGACAGAGGGUACAGAGAUAAAGAACUUGACUGACACAGAUGUCAUCAGUGUCUCCAAGAAAAUCACGACUCUGGAAAUGAAGGAGUUAAAUGAACGGCAGCGAGCAGAACAUGCUGUUAGAAUGUACGAACAACAGAAAUCUAUUUUACAUGACUUAGAAAACAGGAACAAAGACCUCGAGGAGAAAUUUUCUGAGAUCACAAAGUCAAAUCUAGAACUACAGAAGAUAGAAAGAGAACUCAGGGAUGAACUAGCAAAUUCUGUUACCAAGGAAAUAUCAGAGGCAGACAGGAAAAAGAUAAUGGAGCUUGAAGAGGCAGCAGUUGCCAAUAGAAAUGAGAUCUCAAAGCUGAAGGAGAUUUCAGAGGUUGCGACCUCACAGGUCAGGACCCUGGAAAUGGUACAGUUGUCACGAGAGAAGGAGAAUGCCUCCCUCAGACAGCAGCUGCUGGACUUCCAGAUACAGAGUGAUGAGAAAACCAUUAUAGGGAAGUUGCACCGCCACAUUGUCCAGCUGCAGGUCAGUGAGGGUACUGCCGUGCGGCGCCUGGAGGAGAGUCAGAAGAAGGUCAACAAGUUGGAGGCACUGGUUCUCCGUCUGGAGCAGAAACUGGACGACAAAGACCAGACUCUGUUCCACAACCGGACAGAGUCCCAGGGCAAGGUCAACCACCUCAAGAGAAAUCUACAGGAGCUGCGGGUCCAGUUUGCGGGGGCAGUGCCUCUAUCUAGACAGGAGAAGUUCUCGAAGCAGAUGAUGCAGCUACAACAGGAUAAGCAGAAACUGGAGCUGGAACUCAAACAGGCACGAGAACACCGUGACCAGGAAGAGGAUAAACUGGCCGAGCUGAAUCUUAAGAAUCGCAGUCUUCAGGAACUAAUCGCCACGCUGAAAGACGGCAGAGGCGCCGCCAAGGUGGUGGAGUGGCACAGCAAAAUGGACGCGGUCAGACUAGAGGAACUGAAACAGAGGCGGCUCAAUAGUAAACUACAGGGUCAGAUAAAGUAUUUGGAAGGAGUGAUAAGAAAUAAUGAGGCAACCAUCGCAGAUUUAGAGGCAGAGAGUGUUAGGACCACCAAGGAAUGUGAAGAGAAACAGUUGAGGUGGGAGCAUAGAGAAGUGGAGUUGGAACGAACCCUGCAGAAAAUGGAGAGCCAGGCAGAACAGAUCGCUGGGGCAGCAUCCAAGUUUGAACAGGCCCUGGGCUCACUCCCGGACUCCAAACUUCCUGUAGCCAACCAAUUAGAGCAGGCCAUUACCACCAUUAAAAGUAAUGUCAAGGUCAUUCUGGAUAUACAGGGGGAGAACAAAGUACUCAAAAAGAGAAAUGAGCAGCUGGAAAAAGAACUCCACGAAGCUGAGAAGACUGUUAUAGCUCGAGAUAAACUCAUCUCAGAGCUGAGAUUAAGAAUGCCUGCCACAGCUGAAAGAGAUGAGAUCAUUCUGAGAGCCACCUCAAAAGUAAAUGCUGCCAUGACUCAGAAACCAGAGGAGAAAGACUACCAAACCGAACACUCCAUAAAGAUUGCUCAGUCAACCAUAUCCAGUUUACAGGCCAGGAUCCAACAGAAAGAGGAGACAAUUGCUAAAUACCAGGAGCUUUUGAAACAGGCUCGCGAUGAUAUGCAGGACAUGAACAAACGACAUGAACAAGAUCUCAAGAACAUGCAGCUCAAGAUUCACCAGAACACUGAUGCUGCGUUUAACAAGUUCAAAGAUGCUGCCCGGGACCUGAUGGCUAAACAACAACUCAGACAACCUGCUACAGAAAAACAGGCUGCAAGAAUCCAGGAAUUAGAGGACAGUUUGGCAGAGCAGGACAAUGCAAUGGCAGCUAUGAGUGAAAAAAUCAGACAAAGAGAGGAAGAAAUAAUCAGUUUGAGGGCAAAACUACAGCAAGAAUCCAGGCAGUUCUCUAUGGACAAAGACAGAUUAGGAUCAGAGAUGAAGACUGAAGCACAGAAGAAAGACUCUGAAGUCCAGGAUCUGAAGAAAAUCAUUGAGCAGCAGAAACGGGAAAUUGAGAUACUUAAUGAAGAGAUUGAGGUGGUCACAGAGCAGAACAAUCGAGCUCCCACGACCACAAUGAAAAACCUGGUGGAGAGAUUGAAGAAUCAGCUGGCUCUAAAGGAGAAACAACACCAGGCCCUCAGUAAAGCUCUAACGGAACUAAGGGCAGACAUGGUUCAACAGGCACAAGAGACCGUGAAACACCAAGCUACUGAAUCAGAACAGGAAAUCAACAUCCAGAAAAUUGUAGACACACACACAAGGGAGUUAAAUGAGAAGGUGGAUGAUCUUCAGUUGACUGUGGAGAGACAGAGAAAGGAGAUCAAGAAACGGAAAGAUACAGAAGCCACCCUACAGACAGAUAUUGAUGAUCUCAGAGAGGAAAUAGGUCGGAAAGAAAAAAACCUGCGGAGAUACAAGUCAGACAAAGAGAGGUUAGAGAUGGAAGUGGAGGAACUAGAAAAGAAAGUGGAGAGAAUGGGCAAGAUGGGCACUCAGAGGAUAGGUGAGGAGACCAAACAGAAGGAGUAUGAGGAGAUGAGGAGGAGGGUGAGGAUGCUGGAGGAGGAACUCAAACGUAAACAACAGCAGCCAGAAAAACCGUACGAGAUCUCCAAGGAAACACCUCCCAUUAAAGAGCUCACCAAGGAAAAGUCGGAAGAAUUAGUAAAAUGGGAGGAGAAAAAGAAAUGGCAGAAAACUGUGGAGAAAAUGAGGAUGGCUGUGAGAGAGAAAGAGGCUGAAGUGGAGAGGCUGGAAAAGUCAAAUAGGAUUCUGAAGGAUCAGCUAGACAGAGCUAUUAGAGAAAAAGACCUGACUGAGAAGAAGUUAAGUAAUGCCCAGAGAGGCCCAGUGCCAGCCCCCCGGGGACCUUCAGACAAACCUGACCAUGUAGUGGAGGAACUCAAGAUGAGGAACUAUCAGCUUCAGGAUAAGGUAACCAAGUUACAAAGGGAGUUAACUCUGGCUAAAGAUGUGGCGGUACGCGAGGUGGAGGUCAGGAAUAAAUACCUGACAGAACAGCUGGAGUCCAUGGAACAGGUAGUGGCACAGAAAGUGUCCGUCACUUCUACACAACCGGGAGCGGAUCGAACAGGAGUGUCUACCAAGGAAUUCCAGGUCAUUUUUGAAAAGAAUCAGAAUCUACAGAGACAAAUGCUAGCACUGUCUGAGGAAAAUAUUGAACUCAAGUUUGAGAAUGAGCAGUACAGGAAAGAUGCUCCAAGGCUUAAGGAAAGAAUAGCAGAUCUUCAGAGUUAUGUGGAGGCCCUCAAACAGGAAAACUCACAACUUGGAGGGAACACAGCUAGAUCUUUUGACUCUUCAGGCUCCAGUGGAAUAAGAAGGAUUGGGGAUAGUGGGAAAAGUGUCCGAGAAUUAGAGAAGACAAUAGCCCUCCUGAAGAAGGUCGUGGAGCGUGUACAGUUGGAGAAUGAAGAAUUAAAGAAAGCUCCUCACAUCGCAGGGAAUGAGGAACUGCAAAAACUGAGGCUGGAAAAUGCUGGACUCAAGGAUCAAUUGGAGGAGUUGCGAAUGAAAAUGGGUGCCACACUUAGUGAGAGGUACACCACCACACAGAAGGGUACUGCCAAAAUGAUGACAGACUACGAGAAAAUGAGGAAAGAUCUCAUGAAGGAAAUUGAGUCCAAUGAGAAGUUAAGAAUGGAGAUCCGGAAUCUGGAGCUACAGAAGGAACAAUUGAACAGCCAGCUCCAGGAUUCCAAGUCUAUGACUGGACUGGAGCGAGAACGUCCAGGUGGAUCUGGAACCAUGGACUCCAAGGGCUGGAAGUCUGCUGUGGUCACCCGGAUGUAUGAGGGGAAACUGAAAGAUCUAGAGAAAGAAAUGGAGAAAAAGAACAAGUUACUGAGUGAUACAAAGACUUUACUGAAGGAGGCAGCAGUGAGGGAACAGAGGUUACUGACAGAGAACCAGGCUCUCAAACAGAAGAAUACUAUCUUGGAAAAAUAUCCUCAUGGUGCUAAAACUUCAGAUAUGGGUUUAACAAAAGAUUUCCAACAAGCCAGAGUGACUAUAGAACGAUUGGAAAAUGAGAAGAAAGAGAUACAGCAUGAACUUCAGAUAUACAAGCAGCAAGGUGGAGGGACACAGUUAUCAGGUGAUGUAAUUACCAAGGUUACAGCCUACGACAGACUAAUGGAUGAAAAUGUGGAAAUCAAAAUGCAGCUACGAACAGUGGAGACAGAGAAGGACAAAUAUAGACUGGAAAUGGAGAGGCUAAAGAAAGAGUUAUCCAACUUUGGUCCAGAUUUCUUUGAGGAAAUAGAAGAUUUAAAAUACAACUACAAGCAGGCACUUGAAAAGAACAUUUUAUAUGAGGAGCGACUUCAACAACUUGGUGUGAGAUAGAGUCUUUAAAAGAGAGGAAUUGGAAUUAUUGUCUUGGAGAAUGUUCUGCCUUAUAAUGUGUCCUUCUUCAGAAAAUAUAAUUGUAAAAAAUUGUAUGCAAGUUUAAGUAUAGCUUUGUUUAUUAUAAUGAAUGCUCUAUCUUAAAAAAAAAUGAAAUGAAAGAGACAGAGGCAAAUGUGGCUAGAAGUAGUUUACAUGAUAAUACAUGUGCAUGUAUUACAAGUGAAACUGCAUAGAAAUAUAGUUAGUAAUAAUGAUGAAAGUAAAAAUAAAUGAAUUGUAUACCUCUGAAAAAAUUGGAGGGCAUUUGGACUCCUCAUCCAUCCCAUGCAUUUGUAAUUGAAUAAGUGCAUUUCCACUGUAAUGAUUUUAGUAACGUUAUCUCUCAAUGUAACUUCAUUUGACUUUAAAAAAAAAAACAUGUAGCUGCAUCUGUGAUAAAGAA